AUGUCUGAAAAUUGUAAUCUUGGUCUUGAACUUGAAUAUUUUUUUAAAAUGUUAAUUCUUGGUGAUAGUGGAGUUGGAAAAACUUCACUUUUGAAACGAUUUACUUAUGAUGAUUUUUUAACUGAUUACGUAACAACUGCUUUUAUUGAUUUUAAGAUUCGACUGAUUGAGGUUAAUGAAAGACUUUGUCAAUUACAUAUAUGGGAUUUUCCUAAUGACGAUCGUUUUAAAUCUUAUGUAUCACAAUUUUAUCGUACCGCACAUGGUGUAAUGAUUUGUUUCGAUAUUACUAAUGAAGAGAGUUUUCUUAGUGUAGAUAAUUGGCUUCAGGAAGUUAUCAAAUUGUGUCCAGAACAAAUACCUGUAUUUCUUGUUGGUACAAAAUCUGAUUUAGAAUCAGAACGUACGGUUUCUUACACAACAAUCAAAGCAUAUGCUGAUAAACACCAACUACCAUAUAUAGAAAUAAGUUCAAAAACCAAUGAAAAUACUGAAAUUUAUCUUGCUAAUUUUAUACGAGCAGUACUUGCAUAUGUAGAUCAAAUAAUUACGAAGCGUGAAAAUAAAUUAACAGGUGGACCAACAGUUAUUUUAAAUAAUGAAACAGAACCAGUACAGAAAGAAGUGUCUAAAUGUACUAUUUGA